GGCCCUUCCUCACUCAAAACUACAUUGAAAAUGUCUCUUUAUCAUGAGGCAGCAGAGAUCUUAGCGGGAUCAUCAUUUGAAGGCGGAAGUCUCAAGUCGCGUGUUUUCAAGAAGAAAAAUCUUAAAUCCGCACCAAACCAAGUUUACGCCUUGGUGUUAGAGAGUUGCAAAUGGAGCCUCAUUCUGAAAGAAGUGAUUGAGAGAUCAGAGCUUCUGAAACUUGAGCGCAAGCUGACCCCGACGUUGUCAUUACUUCUUGUACAUGACCUUUUGUUGGCCAAGAAGGGAAUUGCUCUUCCACAAGGCCAUGGACUUCGGGCAUCAAUCGAGAGGCAUAAAGGACGCAUAAGCUCAGAGUUUAAGCUCGCACGGCUUCGGAGAAAGAUGCCAACACUCGAGGCUUUGAGAGAGCAAGUUGAGAGACAAUGCGCCGGCGAAGAAGCGAAUUACCCUCGCUGGGUUCGUGUCAAUGCUGUAAAGAGUACACUAGAAGAACAGUUGGAGACGACUUUCUCCAAGUACACAAGAGCCACAUCCAUCAAGGAGGUUGUCACGAACACUGGAAGACUCAUAUACAUUGACCCACAUGUCCCAAACCUUUUGGCCAUCACUGCAGGAAUAGAUCUCACAAAAACAGAGGCGUACACAACGGGUAAAAUCAUUCUACAAGACAAAGCCUCUUGUUUCCCUGCUUAUCUUUUAGACCCCAGAGCAGAGGAUGGCGACCUGAUCGACGCAUGCUCUGCUCCUGGCAAUAAGACAACUCACUUGGCAGCGAUCCUCAAAGAACAUAUGCCCGAAUCCAAUGCGCCAGAGCAAACGAUCUAUGCAUUCGAAAAAGAUUCUCGACGAGCACAAACUCUGGAGAAAAUGGUCAAAAUUGCAGGUUCAAAGCCUGUGACAAAAAUUGGAUUUGGUCAAGAUUUUCUACAGGUCGACCCUAUGGCAGAGAAGUACAUGUCAGUCGGAGCUUUGCUACUGGAUCCGAGUUGCUCAGGGAGUGGAAUUGUCGGACGAGAUUCGAUGCCGGACCUUCACCUGCCCGAAGGUAUCAGUAGCACAGGAAAGGGUCCCGCAGCAAAGCAAAACGGCCGCAAGAGGAAACAUGAGCAGACAGAGACACCUGAGGACAGGAUCAUGAUAGACGAUGACGGUAACGAGACUGCCAUCAAGUCGGAGAAGGAUCUAGAAACACGCUUGGAGGCGCUGUCUUCUUUCCAACUGACGCUUCUAUUACACGCCUUCAAAUUCCCAUCAGCAAAACGAAUUACAUACUCCACUUGUUCAAUUCACAUUCAAGAAAACGAGCGUGUUGUCACGAAAGCUCUUGAAUCCGACAUUGCGAAGCAAAGGGGUUGGCGCAUUCUGUUGCGGAAAGAUCAAGUUUCUGGUCUGAGAGAAUGGCCCGUCCGAGGACUCCCUGAAGCCUGUGGGGGAGAUGAAGAUAUAGCAGAAGCUUGCAUUCGCUCUUAUAAGGAUGACGGGCAAGGUGUUAUGGGCUUUUUUGUGGCUGGUUUUGUGAGGCCCGAUGUACAGAAUUUCGGGACUACCGGCAACGAGGGUCCUUACCUGCGAGACGAUAGCGGUGCAAUCAUCCGUGACAUGCUCGGUAUGCCAGUCUUGAAAACGACUGGCGAGCAUGUCUCUUUAACCGCAAAAGAUGAUAACAGUGGCGAUAGAACGGAAGAGGAAGAGGACGAGGAGGAAGAUGAAGAUUCAGAAAGCGAGAGUACAAGCAGUACUGCAGCACAUGAUCUUAAUGCUCGACAGAUCGCCUUCGAUGCACGUCAAGGAACUGACACAGACGAAGAUGAGUGGGAAGGUCUUGGAGAUUAAACCUGCAGCCCGGAAAAAGUGAAGGGCAUUUCUUUCGGCAGAUAACAAGACGUCAUAUCACAGGCCACUGAGAUCAAAUCCAUAACGACAAAUGGCUCCCAGCGGAUUGAAUCUGCGCCCCCUCAAUCAAGGAUGAAAGAAUAGUGGUAUAACUUAGAGAUGAAAAACAGCGUGGUAUCGGGCGAUUCCAUCCACCUUACGUGAUUGAUACGCCUCCACAACUUUUCAUCCUGACCGGUAGGCGGUUGUCUGAAUGGACCCGAACCUCGUUUGAUUUCUGUUUUAUAUCAUGAGCUUAGUAGGUUACCAUGUUGCACCAUCACAUUGCGGCGCACUCUGCCGCCAUCGGGUGAAAAUAAAGAGCAUCUCAUACAUCUUCUCGACUUAAUCUGACGGACUAAGAUCGAUCCGGAGCCACGUUUGGAUUUACCAGGCGUAAGAGUUCAAGAAGCUAUCAAACGGGAUCGUUGGGAACAGGCCUCGAAUUGAGUUUCCGUCAUAUUUAUCUGAAUAACAUAAUGGGGCUCGAAAGAAUACGCCGGCUCGUUCGGAUCCGAAUCGCGGACAACAAAACGGCGUUUAAGAUACCGAAUACCGACUGCUUAACAUUAGUCAGAUAAUGUCGGCGGGGUUCGGCUUCAUUGAUAUACGAUUGAUAGCCUAUAUGUGUUCAUCGAAGUCAGCCUGAUAUCUCUCGAUGGGGUCGAGACGUGUUUGAUGGAGUGCCAUCGCCGAUAUUGGUCUGAUACCCCUCUCCUGGAAGGGCAUGCGCACCUCCUUAGUCUAUAAGCGAUCAGAAGCGCUGGAAGGGAACCGCAUUGUGCUAUGCAACCCCGAUCCGUCCUGUUGGGCCCAGUCCUCAGCUCAAGGUUGCUUCAACUGCUAGACAAUAUAUCAGAUGAGCGAGUGCAGCCACAGGGAAGGCGAGCUUCGGGACGGGAUUCAAACGGAUUUCGGCUGAUUGGAAGACUUGAUGGUUUCUAUCCUGCAACCAUGCGUGGCAUUCAUUGGUGUUUGCAAGAUGCUUCGUGCCUAUAAGCAACUAAUAGAGAAUAUGCCGAUCCGUGUCACCUAGGAAUACAGUCUGUACGCUCCACUCGGCUCCCUGCUCCAAAGUUGUUUGGAUCUUGCGACGACGGGCCGUGAAUCUGACCAGGGACCAGACAGGACUAAGAUCAAUAUGAGAUGGAUAUAAUACCUUGGCAUGUACCGUUCUUAGUUGCUCUUAUCCUAGCUCUUGACCUGCGAGAUCAGAUGCUAGUGUACCGACCUGAGGUGUACAUCCAAAUAACACACGAC